AUGGUGAGUCUGAAGCUGGACCUAGAUGGUGUUCUGCUAAAUGUGGUGAGUGCCUAUGCCCCACAGGUGGGACGUGACAGAGAAGAGAAAGAGGAGUUUUGGGAGGACCUACAUGAAACGGUUGAGUUGAUUCCAAGGGAGGAGAGACUCAUAAUUGGUGCGGAUUUUAACGGACUUGCUGAUGAGGGAAACAGUGGAGAUGAGAGAGUGAUAGGAAAGUAUGGGCAUGGUGCACGUAAUGAUGAGGGUCAAGCCAUUGCAGACUUCGGCCAUCACACAGACUUGCCUAUGAUAAAUUCCUUUUAUAGUAAGUGUGAAUCACACAAGGUCAAAUGCACAAGAGGAGGCAGGCGUACGCAGAUUGAUUACAUCCUGUGCCGUAGGGUGCAUUUGAAGGAAAGCAGAGAUUGCAAGUUCAUUCCAGGUGAAAGCGUGGCAAAACAACAUCAUGUAGUCACUGGAGAAAUGAAGCUGACAAACCGGAGGAGAAGAGAGGUGAAGACAGAACCUAGAAUCAAGUGGUGGAGACUGCGAGGAAAAAAUAAACUUUGGAACGGAAACAAGGUGCUGGAACGAAGUACAGGAAGCAAGAAAGCACAAGAACUUAACUUAAUCGUGUAUGAAAUUGAAAAAUCAAUUCAAGCACCGGUUGAAGAGGGCGUUAUCCUUGACGUGGACGGGCUGCGACUUAAAGCAGGCUACCAGGAGCAGCUCGAGGUCAUUUAA